CAAUAAUGCACAUAUUUCUUUUUUGAGAUAUUUUAUUGCAAAAUUCAUCAACUUUUGUUCUUCCAUCUUUUCCCACAAAUUUUGGUCGAUUUCUCGAUCGUUGUUGUGCGCAAGGCCAAGAUACAGAAUUUUCCACUGAAGAUUUCACGUCAUGGUCUUAGAUCGGGACAUGUUUGACACCCAAGACGAUUAUCAUGUGUGUCUGGUUUCACGAUGAAUGAAUAUUGCAGUAUUUAGAAUUUUAUAUGCAAUCAGUUCAUCAGCACACGCAUCUGCUGAUCAUCUGCUUGUUCAUCCAUCUUACAAAAAUGUCCAUGUAAAUUCUUUUUCCCAUAUCUUUAUAUACAUGUUACAUCAGUUAUAUCAUUUGUUUAUUAUAUCGAUAAUUUCGUAAUUUGUUAGCAAUUCUAGGGUUUCUAGGUUGCCAUUGAGUGUAGGAAUCGACAAUUGUACUUAAUGCUACGAUUUUGUCUUUUUCGCAAGUCUCCACAUUGGAUUCUUUGUUCGAACUUGUAUAAAAGUUCAGUUGGUCUGAGGGCAACUUCUGUGUAUAUACGAUCAGAUUGAACUGUUUGUACCGAAGAGUGAACCUAAUUUCGUAUGUUCAAAUUUGAAAUGACAUUAUUGAUAACAAGUAAUAUAAUUGUUAAAUGUACCAUUUAUGCUUUCGUUUCUUAAUUUCCUGUCUAAUUUACUAAUUGUUGCAGUAUCAAUGACACAGAUUACAGAAAUCUAGACUCUGUUCCAGGAUUCAAAGGGUUUUGAUGGAUGGUGUACAAACUAAAUUAUAGUUUGUGUGCUUCUUCAUGUCUUCUUGCACACUGUGAUCAAUUCAUUUAUCUCAUGAAAUCCUGGAACUCUGGUUUCAUUGUAGUAUAUCAUGGGUGUAAGUUACUUACCAGUUUCAGCAAUCUUCACAGUGUUGAGCAUUACAACCCUCCAUUAUUGGACAGAACCUUCACUUACAGAACUCAAAUCAGAUGGUUUAAACAGAAACAUUCUUCUUCACCCUGAAGAUGUCACCCAUGCACUGGAGCUGCUUCUUUUAAGUUCUAAUUCCACAAUUGCACUUGUAGCCAAUUUUGUCAUCAACAUAUAUCUACUCAUCAUCCUAUCUCUUAAGACAAUAUUUUUUGGGGAGCUUCAUGCAUUUGAAUCUCGGAAGCUGUUGGAGCAAUUGGUUAAUUAUGUUAUGUACAAGGGAAUGUUCCUUCCAUUGGUAGUCCCUCCAACAGUUAUUCAAGUUGGAUCAUGGUCAACAUGGUUGAUUGUAGUGAGCUCUUUGAAGAUGUUUCAAGCUUUAGCAAGGGACCGCCUUCAAUCCUUGAAUUCAUCUCCUUCUGCAACUCCCCGAUCUUACUUCCGCGUUUAUUGUGUUUUAUUACUGGUUAUCUCAGUUGAUGUGGUCUGGAUAAGAAUAUGUAUGCUUAUCUACGAUACAACACCAUCAUCUCUAGAUAUGUUAUUAUUCUUUGAGCCUCUCAGUAUUGCUUCUGAGACACUACAGGCUAUUUUAGCCCAUGGAUUUCAACUCCUUGAUAUAUGGAAAUAUCACUCAACAGGCACCUCCACAAAUUCCAAAAUGUCAAAACUUAUUGAUAUAUCAUCAGCAGGUGCAAUGUGGGAAUGGAAGAGUGUUUUAUCACGUAAUUUAGGGUUUUUAUUGGAAAUGAUGAGUUUGCUAAUGGCUCUUGCUCAUUAUGUGCAUAUUUUAUGGCUUCAUGGUGUAAAUGUUCAUAUUCUUGAUGCAGUCAUUUUUCUAAAUAUACGUGCUUUAUUAAGUGCAAUUGUAAAACGUACAAAAGGAUUUAUUAAGUUACAAUUAGCUUUAGCCACCCUUAAUGGAGCUCUACCUGAUGCAACAUCUGAAGAGAUUAAGUCUUAUGAUGAUGAAUGUGCCAUUUGUCGUGAACCAAUGACGAAGGCUAAAAAGCUCACAUGCAACCAUCUUUUUCAUCUUUCAUGCCUCAGAUCAUGGUUGGACCAAGGUCAAAGAGAGUAUUACUCAUGUCCCACAUGUCGAAAACCUCUUUUUGGAAAUGUUACACCGAAUACUGAAGAUAUUUCAAAUGAUGAGCAAAUUGCACGUGAAUUAAGCUCUGCACUUGAAUGGCAAAAUCCACAUGGACAUACUCAUACCACUCUACCUUCAUGGAACUUCUGGCCUAUUAAUGCUUUUCAUGCCACGUCAUCAUCAUCUUCUUCUUCUUCAAAUGCUCCUGUUCAUAAUCAUGCUCCUACAGUGGUUCCUGAUGAUUCUCUCAAUAGGGUUGGAUUACAUCUUACAUAUCAGGAUUUAAGACGUAUGGUUGAAAUGGCUGAAAUUGUUCGUGAAGUGCUUCCUCAUGUCCCUCGUAAUAUAAUCAUGCAGGAUUUAGAGCGAACAAUGUCAACUUCUGUUACUGUGAAUAAUCUUCUUCAAAUAUAAUACUAUAUAAUAUAUCCUUUCACAAUAAUUGUCACCAAAUUCCCAAGUGGUAAAUAAAGUCAUGGGAAUACGAAGGUAUACAAAUGAUCAACACACAAAUCCAUGUAAGAUCUAUCCUUCCUGUAUUAUGUGCGAUUGUUUUACUUAUGCAAAAGGUUCAAAAUAUGUAUAGAUAACAAGUGAAUAGAUUUGAAAAUUUUGGUGCUUUCAGUUUCAGGGGCAAUUUGCAAGUCGUUUCGCUUCUAUCAUGCUUGUAAAUUUAGGCCCUAUAAUAAGAGAGACUGAUAUACACAUUUGCUCAUGCGUUCUUGUAAAUUAGGUUGUAACUUGUAAUUGUUCGAAUUUAAACGGGUCAUAAGUUGACCAAAUUGUGUUUUUAAUGCGUACGCCCUUUGUGUUUUAUUAAAAAAAUAUAAGUUAUCAUUGUAAUAA